UGCGAAUGCAGCAUAUUGGUUCGAUACUAAUUCGGGAAAUUGGAUUAGUAGCACGUAUUAUAUGAGUGAAAUGCCAGAAUGGGCGAAAAAUUUUAAUGCACAAAAAAGAUCGGAUAAACUCAUGCAAACGCCAUGGAAUACGCUUUUGCCCAUCUCGCAAUAUACUGAAAGCGAAGCAGAUAAACAAGAUUACGAGGUAAAUUUACCUUUAGAAUCGGAGCCAACUUUUCCACACCAAAUAAAAAAUUAUGCUGCGUUGCCUAUUUCUCCUUAUGGUAAUACUUUGACUAAAGAGUUUGCACUUGCCGCACUUAAAAAUGAACGACUUGGGCAAGGUGUUGUAACUGAUUUUUUGUGCAUUAGCUUUUCUUCGCCAGAUUAUAUUGGACAUUCUUUUGGCACGCACGCUAUUGAAAUACAGGACUGUUAUUUGCGCCUGGAUAGAGAUAUUGCCGAAAUUUUGACUACGCUCGACCAAACGCUUGGAAAAGAUAACUAUUUAACCUUUUUGACGGCAGAUCACGGUGUGGCAGAUAUUCCUGCAUUUUUGCAAAAACAUAAAAUUCCGGCAGGUGUUGUAGAAGGUGCAAAACAAUCUAAUUAUGUUCAACAAGCCUUAGCUGCGGCUUUGGGCGAGGGAAAAUGGGUGCUUGCGAGCAUGAAUAAUCAACUUUAUCUGAACCAGGAUUUAAUGGAUGAGAAAAAAGUAAGUCUUUCACAAGUUACCGAAAUAGCAAAAAAAACAUUGUUGACUGGCGACUCUCCGCUAUAUCAAAUUUUUGAUUUUCAGCAUUUUAAUGAAGUGGUUUUACCUGAUUAUUACCGAAAUUUAAUUAAUGGCAUUUACAACCCUAAGCGGAGUGGCAAUAUUAUGAUGAUAUAUGAGCCUGCUUGGUUUAUUGGAAAUAAAAAAGGAACGACACAUGGCGCAAUGUGGAAUUAUGACACCCACGUUCCGUUGCUAUGGUAUGGUUGGAAAAUUCCGCAUGGCGAAACGGUAGAACGUACCCAUAUUUCGGAUAUAGCACCUACGCUGGCAGUUUUACUAAAAAUUUUGGAGCCAAAUGGUUGUGUUGAAGGUGCGUUUAAAGCACUCAAAGGAGAAAAUAAACUGACAGAACUCAAUGUUGCCGAAUCUAUCAAAGAAAUUCGUCGUGCAUUGGUCGCUGCCGAUGUAAAUUAUAAAAUAUCUAAAGAAUUUACAGAUAAAAUAAAGGAUAAAGCCAUGGGCUCCGAAAACGUGCUGAAAGCCGUUAAGCCGGGCGAGCUGAUGGUCAAAAUAGUUUUCGAUGAGCUGGUCGAGCUAAUGGGAGGACAGUCUGUUGGCAUCAAUUUGAAAGGCAGCCCUUCGGUCAUUUUGAUUGCAGGAUUGCAGGGUUCGGGGAAAACCACUUUUUCGGGCAAAUUAGCAUUUUAUCUAAAAACAAAACGGGCAAAAAAACCAUUAUUGGUGGCUUGUGAUGUGUAUCGACCAGCUGCGAUUGACCAAUUAAGUGUUUUGAGUGAACAGAUUGGCGUAUCUAUUUAUAAAGAAAUUGAAAACAAAAACCCUGUUGAAAUUGCACAGCACGCUGUUGCGGAAGCCAAAUCGAAAGGUUAUGAUGUGGUGAUUGUCGAUACUGCGGGUCGUCUGGCGGUUGAUGAAGAUAUGAUGGCUGAAAUCGCCAACAUCAAAAAUGCCAUUCAACCUACCGAAACGCUUUUUGUAGUCGAUUCUAUGACGGGGCAAGAUGCCAUCAAUACAGCUACAACUUUCCACGAGCGCAUUAAUUAUGAUGGUGUAGUAUUAACAAAACUUGAUGGCGAUACUCGCGGUGGUGCGGCACUUUCUAUCAAGUAUAGCGUAGGCAAGCCCAUCAAAUUCGUCAGUAUGGGCGAAAAAAUGGAUACUUUAGAUGUCUUUUACCCCGAUAGGAUGGCACAACGCAUUUUGGGUAUGGGAGACAUUGUUUCGCUUGUCGAGAAAGCACAAGAACAAUUUGACGACGCCGAAGCGAAACGAAUUGAAAAGAAAAUUCGCCGCAAUCAAUUUGAUUUUAAUGACUUUUUGAGCCAGAUUAAUCAAAUCAAAAAAAUGGGUGAUUUAAAAAGCAUU